AUGAGUGAUGAAUCAAGUGCUACGGGUCGUCUAACCUCUUUGGAACAUAAUUAUUUACAAGGGCCUUCGAAAAACUCUCAGUCAUUAUCAUUCGAAGCGCUUUUAGAUACUUUAAUAUGUUUAUACGAUGAAUGUUGUAACAGUACUCUGAGAAGAGAGAAAUGUGUCGCAGAAUUUGUAGAAUCAGUUAAAAGUGUUGUUACAAGAGCUAAAGAGCUGCGAUUGAGUAAAGAUGAUUUCGAAGUGUUAAAAGUUAUCGGGAAAGGUGCAUUCGGAGAAGUUGCUGUUGUUAGGAUGAAAGGUGUCGGAGAGAUAUUUGCCAUGAAAAUUCUAAAUAAAUGGGAAAUGCUCAAAAGAGCAGAAACAGCAUGCUUUAGAGAAGAAAGAGAUGUGCUCGUUUAUGGAGAUAGAAGAUGGAUUACCAAUUUACACUUCGCUUUUCAAGACGACAAGAACUUAUAUUUCGUUAUGGACUAUUAUGUUGGAGGAGAUAUGUUAACAUUGCUCUCUAAAUUUGAAGAUCACAUUCCUGAAAAGAUGGCUAGGUUCUAUAUAGCAGAAAUGGUACUGGCGAUCGAUUCAGUUCACAAUCUAGGAUAUGUUCAUCGUGAUGUUAAACCUGAUAAUGUACUGCUUGAUAUAAACGGUCACAUCCGAUUAGCUGAUUUUGGAAGUUGUUUGAAGCUUCUGCCUGAUGGGUCAGUGGCUUCGAAUGUAGCUGUAGGUACUCCUGAUUACAUUUCACCUGAAAUUUUACGUGCAAUGGAAGACGGACGAGGACAGUAUGGUAAAGAGUGUGAUUGGUGGUCUCUCGGAAUUUGCAUGUAUGAAAUGCUUUAUGGAACGACACCGUUCUAUUCUGAACGUCUCAUAGAUACGUAUGGAAAGAUUAUGAGCCAUCAGGAUAUGCUUGAUUUCCCCGAUGAUGAAAUAGAUUGGAAUGUGUCAGACGAGGCAAAAGAUUUGAUUAGAAACCUGAUAUGCCAGAGAGAUGUUCGCCUCGGACGCAACGGCUUUACCGACUUCCGUAACCAUCCGUUCUUUGUUGGUGUUGAUUGGGAAAAUCUCCGAAACUCUGAUCCACCUUAUCACCCUGAAGUUUCAAGUCCCACUGAUACUUCAAACUUUGACGUUGAGAUCUGUGAGGAUGAUUUCACACCCUGUGAAACACAACCUCCCCGUGUGACGGCGGCGUUCACUGGCCAUCAUUUGCCAUUUAUUGGAUUCACUUACACCCAUGGAAGUAUGUUGUCGGACUCGAAAAGUUUACGAGACUGCUUGUCUAUCGAAAACGUAGAAAAGAACCCAUCUGCAGGAGCCGAAGUGUAUGAGACAAGGUUGAAAGAGCUGGAACUUGAGAAAGCUGAAUUGUCUCGCAAAUGUCAAGAAGCUCAUGUGUUGGUACAGUCUAUGAGUGCGGAAACGAAAACUGAAGAAGAUAAGAAGUAUGAACAGAUCAUUGCUCAAUUGAAGGAUGAAAACCAGAUCCUCAAAACACGGCUGGCUGAUGAAGCUGCUGCUUCCCAAAGACCUAAAGAGUCUAAUACAGAAGAGUUGGAGAAGAAGAUCCGGGAGAUGAAGGAAAAAAUCCGCCAGCUCAUUCUGGAUAAAACUGAGCUUCAAAGGAAAUUAGAAGAAAACGCCGAACAAAUUUCUAUUCUGACAAGCGAAUGUCGCGAAGCUUCCAAACAUCGCGAUUUGGCUAAAGAGGAAUUUGAAGAGUUAUCAAAUGAGCUUGCCGACGAGAGAAAUAAAGUUCGGAAACAUGAGAAAGAUGUUCAAGAAAAAGAGAGAGAGAUAACUCAGUUGCAAGCUAAAGUUGAGAACUUCAAAUCUGAUCUCCGAAAGACCGAGAGUGCAAAACAAACGUUAGAAAUGGAGGUAGAAGGUUUAACUCAGGAGCUCAGCUCCGAGAAGUUGCUUAAGGAUGGAUUACAAGCAAAGUUAUCAUCGAUUGGCGAGGAAAAUCCUGGAGAGGAAGCUAAACGUCUGGGUGAAGAACUCGAAAAAUUGAAUGAACGUCAUGCCGAAAUUGUUGCUCAGGAAGAGAAGAAGAGGAAGCAACUUGUUGAGCAUUACCAGGGUCAACUUACUGAGUUACAAACACAGUACGAAGAAAAAGAGGCUGAACUUCGCACACAGAGAUCUAAGAGUGAGGAAGAGCGUGCCCAAUAUAAUUUGGCACAAGAUCAGCAUGCCAAAUCUGUUGAAUUGCAAUGUGAACGUAUCCAGAAAGCUAUGGAGGAGAGUCUCUCCCAACUUAACAUCGAGAAUGAGAACCUUCGUGCAGAAAUCGCUCGACUGAACUCACAAUUAGAAAAUUCUCCCAGAGCUUUGAGCGAGCAACAACUGUCUGAAAUUCUCAAUUGGGUCAAUGAAGAAAAGGCUACCAGAGAGGAAAUGGAGUUGCUUGCGAGAAGGAUCACAGGAGAAUUCGAAUCACUCAAAAUACAGAACGGAAGUACUCCACAAUCUGGGUAUGGUAACAUCACAACUCCCGCUUCUGGCUGGGGCUCUCGUCGUAUGACCCGAACAGCCAAAAUGGAAGUUCUCGAUAUACAGAAAUCUCUCAAAGCCGAGAUUAAAGCAAAGUUGGAAGUACAAGAUGAAUUGUCGAAGAUGAGGACUGCCUAUUAUAAUCUUAAAGCCAACUUCGAUAAUGCCAAAGACAUAAACGAGAACCUUCUCAAGGAAAUCGAUUCAGUUAGAGCUGAAAGAGAUCACAUUAGAGCAGUUCGUGAAGUUCCCGAUUCCUGUGAAUCAUGUGGAGUUGAUAAAGGAACCUUCUUCAAUAUGGUCACUGAACCUGGACGAACAUCUACGCCUCGCGACCAAGAGUCUCUCCAUAUCAGUCAUAAUAACACAGAUUAUGAAAUUUCUAAUUCCAUUAGAAGAAUGCAAGCGGGAGCUUCUUAUCCAGGUGGCGUUCCUACACCACCACCGGCUUAUGAAAACACAAGUUGCUUCGGAACCACUCAUUCUACUGGUUCCAACGUUACUUCAACACCUAGAUCUAAUCCAUCUUCGAAGGUUAUUCAAUCUUUGAAUAAUGCUUUGAAUGGGAGAGGACAUCAGUUCCAACAUGUGUUUUUACCUCAACCUACAAAGUGUGGUCAUUGCACUUCUAUCCUGGUGGGCUUGGAUCGUCAAGGUUUACAUUGUCCCGCAUGUGAGUAUGCGUGUCAUGUAAACUGCGCUUCGAAAGUUCCACCUCAGUGCCCCGUUCCUAAGGAAGCUAGACGUCCAUUGGGAAUUGAUCCCUUGAAAGGCGUUGGAACAGCUUACGAAGGUCUAGUUAAAACCCCAAGGGCUGGUGGUGUCAAGAAGGGAUGGCAGAGCACUUAUGUAGUUGUGUGUGACUUCAAGCUGUACCUUUAUGAUUGUGGCGCUGAUCGUCAAAACAAAGCAAGUGGAGUCCAACCUUUCAUUCGACAAGUCCUCGAUAUGCGGGAUCCUGACUUUGCUGUUUCUGGUGUAACCGAGGCUGAUGUCAUCCAUGCACAGAAAAAUGACUUGGGCAAGAUAUUCCGUAUAUCAACGAGUCAAAUUCAAGGAUCACUGUGCAGCGACGACAGUGGAAUGUCUAAACAGUACACAUUAUUGAUGGCUGACAAUCAGGAUGAGCGAAAGAAAUGGGUCAUUGCUUUGAGUGAGCUCAAAGGUCUUCUGAAAAGAUCGAGGCUUAUUGAUCGCAGUGCCUUUACUGUUAAAGAAGUGUUCGAUCUAUCCUCUUUACCGUCAAUUCGCUCAGUCCUAUGUGCCACAGUAAUAGACAAGUCUAAGAUUAUAGUUGGAUUUGUUGAUCAUGGGUUGUAUUGUAUUGAGCUGGACCGCGAGACAUUGGUGCCCGUUGGAGGAGAAAAAGAGAACAACAAGCGAUGUGUGGAACAAGUUGAGUAUAAUGAAUCGGAACAGCUCAUCAUGGUUAUGGUUGGUCCUUCCAAAGAAAGACACAUUCGACUAGUUCCCACCUCUGCGUUAGAUGGGAGAGAUUUGAAAUGGAUAAAGGUUCCCGAGACCAAGGGUUGUCAUCUCAUGGCUAUGGGUACCGGAGAAGGAGGCCUUAACUAUAUGGCUGUUGCCAUCAAGAAAUCUGUCAUCGUCUUUCAAAUUGAUAGAACGGAGAAGAGGCACAGAAAAUAUAGAGACUUCGCUAUGCCAGGAUUCCCUCAGUCUCUCUCUAUUCAAGGUGGCAAGCUUGUAGUAGGUUUCCCGCAUGGUUUCCGAGCUUGGCCUCUGACCGCAGAUCACAACAAUUCGAAACAAAUCUCUCUUGUGAACAUGGAGGAUCAAUCGUUACAGUUCUUGAACCAGUCUUCCUAUGAGGCUCAGCUAAUGAUUGAUGUGUCGACGAGAGUCGAAUCUUCGGAAUAUCUACUUGUGUUCAACAAGAUGGGUAUCUAUGUUGAUCAUCAGGGAAGACGAAGCAGAUCUCAGGAGCUCAUGUUCCCCUCUGUCGCUAGAUCCGGUGGAUUUGCCUACGUGGAGCCAUAUUUGUGUGUGUAUUCGGAAGCUCAAAUUGAUAUUUUCAACGUCCAAACUAUAGAAUGGGUGCAAACUAUCAACUUGAAAUCUGCGAACCCUCUCACUAGAGAUGGAAGUCUCACAGUGUGCCAAGUUAAUGACGCUCCAUACAUCGUCCUACUCCAAAAUCUUCUUAAUGCUGAAGCCCCCAUUUGUGUACCUUCCUCCACUUCGCAUGUUUCCCUAUCUGGUAGGAAAAACAAAGGAAAGAGGAAAUUCUCCGUUCGAACUCCAGGAAAAGAUGACAAUAGACCUGGAGAUCGUCUUUCAAAGCUUCCAAUUUCGGGUCCUUCUGAUUUCGUUCAUAUUGUUCAUAUGGGUCCCGGCUCAGUUGAAUUGAAAAACAUGAUCGAUUUGCCCCAAAGUGCUAAUACCUCAACAACUAGUGGCGGAGGAGGAGCAGGAGGAGUUCUUGGUCUUCUACGUAGCACUAGUAGUUCAUCCGCCUCCGCCCAUAGUGUGCGACCAUUAGGUGGAACUAAACAAGAUGUUGAGCAGAUACAAAAGGGUAGACAAGCGAGGCCCCAAAGUACGGCUAGCAAAAGCUCUGAUGGAUCAUCUUCACUUGGUCGGGACGGAACUAUGACAUCCUCAACGAGUGGAACGACGGAAAACGCGUACAUGGUACGAAAACGGAAUGGGUUUAGAAUUUCAGACAUAUGGACGCAUAAAGGAACGAGUACUGGAAAAGAUUGA